AUGCAGAUAUUCUCUGGUGAAAACCCAAGCAACAACCGACCGGAUGUUGACGAUGUCGUAGUCAUUAUUACGGACGGUGAACCUCGAGGAAGAAGCAACACUCUACAACUGACAAAAGAGUACGCUAAUGAUCUCAAAGAAAAGGGAAUUCUCAUUGUCGGCGCCGCCGUUGGCCCUGACAGGCGAAAAUUUAAACACAUCUUAGAGGAAUUGGCUACAUCGUCAAAAUAUGUUCUCGACGCUGAUUUUAAUCAGAUGGAUGACAUCUUAGCAAAAUUGGUCGCAAGUUCGUGUAUAAAACCAAGUACGAAAACAUGCUUUAGAUUUGUGUAAGAUUCGAAAAUUUGACCUGACAGCACUUUACUUUUCUAUUUUAUGGACUGCAAGUAGAGUAUAAAUAAUGUUAUGACUUGUACAUACUACAGACACUAAGUUUCAAAUGUUUCGAUAGAUGUUUUAAUUGAAAUUAUUCUCUAAUAAUUCUUCCAGUUUUAAAUUGGUUGGACUUAAUAUGGGAUGUCAGUCAUGUUGUCCAUUCCUUCAAUCAUAUCUGUUUAUGUUUUUCCAUUGUAAUAUGACUGAAAAUCUCUUGUGGUCACCACGCUUGACUUUCAAGCUGGGAGACCUGGGUUCAUCCUUGGUUGGACCUCUACUCAAGGUCUUAAAAUAAUUGAGAAAAAAGUGCUACCUUUACAUUGACAUUAGUAAAUGGUUAGACUUUCGCGUCUUCUCGGAUAAUGACUUGGCUCUCUCUAUAUCCGAUAUUAAUCUUUUCUUGAGCGACUAGUCCUAGAUCCCUUCCUGAAUGUAGGAGAGGAAUUAUAAGGCACACAAGUUGGCCUCAUUAUAGUAAGUGCUACCUACUCAAGGUCUCAAUAAUUGAAGAGAAUGUAAAUGGUUAGACUUUCGCGUCUUCUCGGAUAAUGACUUGGCACUCUCUAUAUCCGAUAUUAACCUUGAUUACUAUGAUAUUAACCUUGGUUACUAUGUAACCUCAUUAAAAUCGUAGGUACCUUGCGUGAGAAACUAAAAAAGCCGUUAAAAAAUUUCCAUCAAUUCCUCUAAGUUUAAUUUAUGUUGUUCUUAUACUCAAGGUAAAUGCUCGUGCCACGAGAUGACGUCAUCCCCAAUCUACGUCAAGCCGGGCGAUACGACAGCAGUAGUGGAAUGGCCUAUCCCACAAUUUACCUGCAAGGCUGGUCGCAAAGCAACACUGAAGAAGACGGAAGUCACACCACAGAUUACGUCACCUCAUGCCUUCGCUAUUGGUGAACAUAUCAUUAAUUAUACAUUCAAACUGAAAGGUGGCGUCUCCGUAACCUGUCCAGUUACGAUCACGGUGAAAGGUGGGUUGGAAGUAAACUAAGUCUACGUCCUCAAAUUCGUCCGGUUCUAUAUGUUCACACGGAACUGGAUUAAUUACGAGACGAAAGUGUUCGCACGAAACCGGAUGAAUACAUGAUUCGAGCUAUAGACUAAAUUUUGAUCCAGGCAAGAAAAACAAAAUCCAACACCACAGUUAUAGAAAGACCAUGUUAAAAUUAGUAAAAUUGCAAAGUUUGGUUGCGAAAUGUUGUAAAAUGAGGAAAAUAUAGCCCUGUGAAAUUUUCAAAUUUUGUAUUAAUUUGUAUUACGCACGGGAAAAUGCACCACUUUCGGCCCAAAUGUGGUGCAUUUUCCCGCGCGUAAUACAAAUUAAUGACAAAAUUUACAAAUUUCGCGGGGCUAUAUUUUCCGCAGUUUUACAGUACAUUUUGCGACCAAACUUUGCAAUUUUACUAAUUUUAACAUGGUCUUUCUAGCUGUGGUGAUCUGUUUUUCUUGCCUAGAGUGUAUAGUGUGUUGCUGGAAUAAUCCAUUGUAGUCUCAAUCCCAACCCUCUAUACCGCGCAAAAUGGUCUUGAAAAAGACGGCCGGUUCCGCUAUUCAUAUGGCGCCGUCUUAAAAAAUUUACUGUUGACAAGUUGUUGGAACAGCAUUGCCACAAGUCUGCUGCAGGUUAAUUUGUUACAACUUAAAACUUGUGCGUUUUUACGUGUAUAUACCAUUGAAAAAUUGAAAUAUAUAUUUUAGGUGAGCUAUGUCGCGGCGUGGUGUUUAACUCUGGAGAUCAUGUUUGUUGCUGUGGUACCAUUCAUCCGCGCAAGCCUGGGCACGAGUGUUGCGGGUCAGAUUAUUUCAACACUUCCAACCAGAAAUGUUGUGCAAAUGCGAACCUCGUCUCGAGUCAAGAUUCUUGUCCAACUCCUUAACUGAAAUACUGUCUUGAAAAUAUUAUAUACUGCAGUACAGUGACACUAUGGUAACCGGUGGCUACAUAAGCUUAGAAUUCGAAAACGUAUAUAUAUAUAUAUAUAUAUAACAUUAUUAAUGGAGAAUUAAUUUACCUGGCAGGAUCUUAAUGUAAUGAGAUAAUA